GCUUCGACCGUUGCUCCCCAAGAUGGCGGCUUCCAGUGAGCCGCUUCGCUCAUCCUCGCAGCAGAACGACAGACAUCGCCUUAUCUCCGGAUCAUUUGAACUCUCCCCGAGGCUGACCGCGGAGAGCUGAGCGGGGCUGCGCUGUGAAACACGGAAGCCGUCCCUUCCCCUUUCACCCUGUCGAGCUUUCAUGGUACGCGGAGCCGGGCUCGGUGUUGGGCUGAAGCGGGUUGUGCUAUCCGAGUAUGGCCACCGACAACAGGAUCAAUUUCUGGAGGAGAAACACUAAGGUUCCCGGAAGCGUGCAACCAGUUUAUGGAGCACAGCAUCCACCUCUCGAUCCCCGUUUGCGACGCACGUACCCAAAAGACUCAAAACCCAAAUUCAACAACCUUAAGUCUAAAAAAGCUUGCAGCUUCCAUGAGUUUGCUUGCAGCACAAAUGAUGCUUGGGACAUUGACGAUGAGGAGGAUGAAAACUUCUGCGGGACACCCUUCUCGGCUUCCUUUACGCCUUCAGGCCCGGACUUGACAUCUAUACACAACCAGCAACGACGGCAUCAGACGGGUGAAACGGAGCAUGUGUUGCCUCACAUACUGACUCCACCCAGGGACGAGGGUCACAACUCCCAAAGGGACGACAGCUCAGAGUGUGAGCGUGUCAAUGGCAAAUUUGUAAAGUCCAGUAGUGACGCAGAUCUCAACACGACCUCAGUCCGCUCCUCGCUGCAGAAGCAGCAGUCUCUCCCGGUGCGUCCCAUCAUCCCUCUGGUGGCUCGUAUCUCGGAUCAGAAUGCGUCAGGGGCUCCACCCAUGACGGUGCGGGAGAAAAGCCGGCUGGAUAAAUUCAAGCAGCUGCUGGCCAGUCCCAACACUGACUUAGAAGAACUGCGGAAACACAGCUGGUCGGGAAUACCAAGAGAAGUCCGGCCAAUCACGUGGAGGCUUCUCUCUGGUUACCUGCCGGCCAACAAGGAGCGCAGAGAGCUGGUACUGAAGAGAAAGAGAGAAGAGUAUUUUGGGUUCAUAGAGCAAUACUAUCACUCCAGAACAGAUGAGCACUAUAAAGACACAUACAGACAGAUCCACAUUGACAUUCCAAGAACCAACCCGCUCAUCCCUUUGUUCCAGCAGCCUGCUGUCCAAGAGGUUUUUGAGCGAAUUCUGUUUAUCUGGGCCAUCCGUCAUCCAGCCAGCGGUUACGUCCAAGGGAUCAACGACCUGGUCACACCUUUUUUUGUUGUCUUCUUGUCCGAGUUUGUCACGGAAGACGUGGAGAACUUUGAUGUGGCGGCUCUGCCUCUGGAGACCCAAAGAAACAUUGAGGCUGACAGUUUCUGGUGCAUGAGCAAGCUCCUGGAUGGCAUACAGGACAACUACACCUUCGCCCAGCCUGGAAUCCAGAACAAGGUGAAGGCUCUGGAGGAGCUGGUCAGCCGGAUAGAUGUGGAUAUUCACAAUCAUUUUAAGAAAUACGAGGUGGAGUACCUGCAGUUUGCGUUUCGAUGGAUGAACAACCUGCUGAUGAGGGAGCUGCCACUUCGUUGUACCAUUCGUCUGUGGGACACCUACCAGGCUGAAGCUGAAGGUUUCUCCCACUUCCACCUGUAUGUGUGUGCUGCAUUUCUCAUCGAGUGGCGCAAAGAAAUCCUCUGCAUGGUUGACUUUCAGAGCCUCCUGAUGCUUCUACAGAACCUGCCAACCAUCCACUGGGGAAACGAGGAAGUGGGUCUCCUCCUGGCCGAAGCCUACAGACUCAAGUACAUGUUUGCAGACGCCCCCAACCAUUACAAGAGAUAGGCAAUGAAUCAAACGCGCCUUUGACUGCGAGGACCUGAGCAGUAUUUUGGUGCAAACCUGACCAGACCCACAGUGGGAUAAACUGAACUUUAAGCUGUGAAGAUGAAGUUUGCAGAGACUCACCAUGAUUUUUUGGAUUUUCGAGCAGAGCCAAGAAGCUCCGGUGAAUUUCCUGUACUAUAUGCAGUAGACGACGUACUGCAGUGCAUCAGCGGACUGUUACAGUAUAUCAACCACAUGUAUUUAGUUUUUCUUCUUCUCAGAAAAACAUGCUGGCAUUUCAAAGGACGGUGAAUGUUUGUGAAAUCCUCCUUUUAGUGACAUCUGCAGAUUCUAUUUUAUAUUUGUUUUUCUAAAACAAAAGAAACACUGUAAGAACCAAGCAACUACUUUCCCCCCACCCCCCUCAUUUUAAGUCUAUUAAGUCAGACACUGCUGAGCUGUUCUAAAUAGGAAGCACAACGAAGGUCCCAUCUCCUGUCUGAUUUGUUUAGGAUGACCAAAUCUGCUGGGAACAAUCCUGGGUUUGGACUGAAUUUAUGUUUUGACAUUGUAGAAGAACUGUUGGAGUUUCUUUUCAUGUUUUAGUUUUAUAUGUAAAACUGAAAACCCAACUCCUUUCCUGGCUGUGAAUCAUUUUGAUCAACUUCUAGAGGGUUCAGCUUCCCUUUUCAGUGUAUAAAAUAAUAUUUAAGGUAUAAAUAAUACUAUCAGCAUUACAAACAUGCUUAAAUAUAGAUGAGGUCAAUCUGUGAGAGGGAGACCAGGUUUGUUGGCCGAAUUUAAAAUCAAUCACUGAUUAUUGAUUGUUUGCUGUGAUGUAUUUGUGAACAAACCCAACUCAAACACAAAGGUUACACCAUAUUGUAGCUAUGGUUAACACAACAAACUAUCAAGACGAUUCUUUAAAUAUCUGCAAAGUAAACUUCAUAAUUAAACCCUAAAUGUAUAUUUUUUGUUCUCUGCUGAAUGCAUUAAAUAAAAUUUAAUAACAUUGUCAUUCUCUAUAAAUAAAUGGUGCAGGUUUAGAUCUAUGGUCUGUGUUAAAAUUAAACCAUCUGUAGGGGCCUCUGAAUGUCUGGAGGCCCCUGAAUGGCCCCUUCCAGCAGCCACUGAGUUUUCUUUGCCUUGAUAUUCCAGUCUAAUAAUUCUAGGUCUCAGAGAUGCUAACAUCAAACAUUUAUAUAGAGUUAACCCCUUUGAGCUUUUUGGAUCUAUAAAUCAGUCUACAGUCAAGUUGUUGUAGAGGUUAAAUAGAUAUUAUUAGGACUUAAUUAGUAAAAUGGCAGCAAAUUUACUUAUUUCAUAACCAAGGAUCUUCUUUCCUUUGGUCUGUUUAAUGGCUACAGUCUCAGAUCAGAGAGCUAUAUAAAUACCCUUAUGUCAAAAUUUAAUCGAUGGAGUGAUUGCUGACCCUAAUCAUUAAUUGCUUAUAAUUUCUGGUGACAGGAUGUCCCUCCCAAUCAACAUUCCAUCCCCUAAAAUAAACAUUACUGUUAAUCCUAUAUUUGUUUUUAGUAAACUCCUUCUGACCUCUAUGAGUAUUAAGAGUAAUACAAUUAAAGUGUAAAAAAAAAAAACAAUAAGUGUUAAAUAAUAAAGAAUAAUAUACAAUAUUGUAGUGGUGGAUCCGGCAACACCGAUGCGUCGGCGCAUGCGUCAAGUCCAUCAAAACUUCAUGUGAGCCAUACAGGAAAUGUUUCAAAAUGACACUGGCGCACCAAACUGUUUAUGAGGUAGCGGAUCUGAAACGGGACGCAUUUGCAUCUUUUACGGUACAGUGUCAACUCUGGAGCCUCAAGGCAAACGAAAGGUUUCGCAGUUUGGGACAAUUUUGAGACUCACCAUGAAAUCAUGGUGAGUCUCUAUAACCACAAUUUUCAGAAAAUAAGGCGUUGGUUGUCACUUGGUUGUUGUUUCAUCAGGUCUUGUGCGAAAUUUUGUUUUGUGAAAAUCUGCUCCCCCUGUGUCGGGAGCGCGCAUUGCAGCCAGAGAGGCGGAUCUAACAGUUGUUACUGUCCAUUAAUCCAGUCUGGCUUUUGCAAGUCCCUCAGAGUCUAAAAAGAGGGAAAAAAAACAAUGGUAAAAAAAGUUCUACCAUAUUCCUAUGAAGAACUUUUGUAUUAAUGCCUUACAUAUGUUAAAAAAAAGAAAAGAAAACGAAACUUACUCCGACAUGGUUGUGAAAUAAAAUAUA